UCAAAGAGGCAUGCGCUCCACCCUCUACUGUGUUGUUCUGAUGCUCAGACCCGAAAGAAGACGACGAACAGGGUGGAGUCAGAGACCGCACACAAAAGGCAAUCUUCACCGGCCUCCUAGACAAGCCGGUGCACAGCCACAGCAGAGUGGGUGGGGCUUGGAAGGCCAGAAAAGAGUGCCUAUUGGCUGAAUGAAGAGGAAGAGGCGCGCCUAUUAGGUGAAAGGAAGUAGAUUCGGUAUGCUCCGCCAUUGGCUGUGGUAGAGAAGAGGGGUGGGAUUAUAGCAUGAGAAGGAGGAGUACUAUUCGGAGAGAUUAAUAUGGGUAGUGCCGAUUGGUUAUUGGACGCUCAUUGGUUAAAAUGUUUUCCAAUGACAAGCGCUAAUUCGUUAAAAAAGGAAGUGAAAGCAUGUAUGGAUGAGGGAACGUUUACUGUCGGUUGCGUGGUAACGGGCAAGUCUAAUAACCGAAAGGAACAAGAGCAUUGAUUGGCUAUUUUAGUGCAAAGUGGCUCUGGCUAUUGGCUGGGAGGAGAAGAGCGGGAGCUGGUUGAAGAAAGGAAAAAGAAAGGACUGAAAGAAGAGACAGUUAGCAGCAGCAGGUCUGGCGGAAGCGGAGGUAAGCAGGAUUAGUAGUCAACCGCCAGAAAUGGAUGAAGCUUCAUAUCGUGUCAGUGUUGAGGAAGAAGUUAUUCUGCCUGCAGCUAAAGAACUUGUGUCUAUAAGCAGUUGGAUUAUGUGCCUCUUUCAAAUGACAUUGUGUCAAGCAGAAUUCAUGAUAUGGCAGCUGUUACAGAUAUCCUUAUGAAAAACAAUAGGUAUUUUGCAUUGUGAUUGGAUGAGACUACUGUUGUCACUGGCCUUGCAGGUCUUACAUACAUCAGGUAUGAAAGGUAAGGAAAGGUACUUCAUUUUGUUGUUCACUGCCAAGAACAACAACUACAGAAGAUAUUUUUCAUUUUUUAGAUGAGUUCGUGAAAGAACAUGGUAUUGAUCGGCAAUGUUGCUUUUGAGUAUGUACUGAUGGUGUGCAAGCAAUGUUACGAAGGCAUAGUGGGGUAAGGCUUGUAUCCACACUUAAUGCCACACGGGUGCAGUGUAGCACUCAUUGAGAGGCACUGGCUACUAAGAAAAUGCCAGUGGAAAUGAAGAGAGUUUUGGACACCACUGUAAAAACUGUUAAUUUCAUAAAAAGAUCUAUGAAUUCUGUGUAAGUGUCCUGUGCAGUGAAAAUGUUCCUAUCCAGCUUCUUCAUACAGAAGUACAGUGGCUGCCAAAAGGCAAAGUACUUACUACUUGAGCUACAUUCAAGCUGUUUCUAUCCUGUUUCUAGAGGUGAUUUGGAAUGAAGAUUCAUCGUGAUACUUGUUGGCUUUUCUCUCUGAUAUAUUAACUUGCCUACAUGAACUGAGGCUGCAGCGAGUCUUGGUGACUGUAUUGGAUGUGUGAGACACAAUCUGCAAUUAUUAAGAAACCGGACUGGCUUGAUAGUUGCAUAGAGAAGGAUAACUUCAGCACACUUCCAACAUUAGUAGUUUUUUGUUGUCUGAAAAUGAACUAUUUCUUGACAAAAAUGUAAAAACUGAUAUCCAAGAACACCUUGUUGCUCUCAAGAAACAGUUCCAGUUGAAACUGAACCAAACUACUGGAUAUGUAACCCGUUUGGGAUGCAAAUUGAUAAACUAUGCUUUGGUUUCUCCACUAAGGCACAAGAGUGCUUGUUGCUCUUGUGACAAAACACAAAGGUCAAAAUUUGAGACAUUCUUUAUUAGUUUUCUAUUCAAAUGGAAAGUACCCAGAACUUUCAGACAAAGCAGUGCAUUUUCAGAUGUCAUUUGCUAACUGAGCAAGUAGGCACUUUGUAAAGUGGCAAUUCUGUUACAUUUAGCAGAGAGAGAGAGAGCAACUGUGUCCUGUCCAACCCCAGAAGAACAUCCCUCCAGUGAUGGUUGCUGGUUGUGAGCCCUCUUGAGACCGGGAACGCUGCAACAAUCUUCUAUGUAAACUGCUUUUGAGAAUUGUUGAGUGGUAUAUAAAUAUUCAAAGCAGCAUUACAUUCCUUUUGUGAGAUGGCAUUUCUAUCAUUUGUCGCCCUCAAGUCCAAAUACAGAAGCAAGGUGAUGGCUAAAGCUGACAAACAUUAUACUCAACUUUGCAAAACUUUAUUCAGAAAACAGGUACAUCCAUCACCUUAGAAAGACAAGCCUCCUGUUUUUAAAACAUGAGGCAUGUGCUUUGAUUUUGUAGAACAAAAAAAUGUAAGUGGUCCUCCAGGACCGCAAGCAACUCUCAAAUGGUCAGUGAAAAAAUAUUUGUACUACAAGAAGGUGAUUGACUCUCUUCACCUUUCACAAGGCUCAAACACUUCCAUUUAAGCCUGUGCUUGGUUGGCUUUCUCUUUCUGGUGAACAGUUGGCUGUUUUUAAUUACAGCUUUGGUGCUUAUCUGGGCUUAAUUGUAUUAGUCUUUGUAAGCCUUCUAUGGGGUAAACAGUGCAUUUUUUUUAAAUGAAGAAAUGUUGCCAGCAAGCCCAUCAAACACCAUAGAUGCCACGUGCAGUAUGUUGGGGAAAGUGUGGGCUUUGUACAUUCAGAAAUCAAAAGUCAACAGUGGCAGCAAAAGCCUGAACAACCUGUUGCAACUUGACAUCUUAAUUUAGAUUAUCCCAUUGUUUUCAGCUUGGAAGUAUUUCCAGUUUUAAAAAAAAGCCAUCUGCCCUGGGGCAUUGGAGAGCAAGAGACACCUUUGGGCUAUACAGACUGAACAUCCCAUGGUCUUAAGUUGAAAGACAGUAUUUAAACUCAUUUUUUAACCCUUUGAACUUUGAUAGUACUCUCUUGUACCUCUCUAGCAGAUGCCACCUUCCUAAGAAUUCUCUGCAUUCUUAGAACAGUUGCCUUGGGUAGUAUCUUGUGUUGAAUCCAGCUGUGCUACUUGUAGAGGCAGCCAGACCAUUUAAGUAACUCUCAGUCUCCCUCUUUUUUUUUUGGUCAGGUAUGUUUGUGUACACAUGCACACUUAAAGUAGAACUGCAUUUUCCAUGUUGAAUGAAAAUGGCCUUGGAUGUGCUCUUUUUUACGAGACAAUACAUACAUUUUAUCAAUAAACAAGGUAGGGUCUUUUUAUUAUUGUUUGAAGCCUAAUCCUAUGCCUGUUUGGAAAGAACUCCCAUUGUAAUAAUUUGUCUUGUAUUUAUAUCCCAUCUCAUGUCCAGUACCAUAACUUUGGGUAGAAAGGCCAUGGCGGGUACGUUAUUAAAAGUUGUUUAUUGCCGCCUGCGGCAUUUAUGCUGGUGCAGCAUUUAUGCUAGAAUUCAAGAUCAAGCUGUAGUCAAUUUUUAAGCUUUCAACACAACCAGAAAAAUAAUGCAUGUGUGUCUCCUUUUCACUGUGGUGUUUAUGCCAGAUUUCUGCAGUUUUCCAGCCUUUUUUCCUAACUGUGGCUUUUACACCGAUGUGGCUUUUCUGCCCCAAAUUUUUGGGAUGGCUCUCAGGAACAUAAGGCAUAUUGGGUAAUAUCCUUAAGAUUGCAGCCUUGACCAUAACCAAGCAAAGCAUGUGGGGCAGGGUGCAAAACAAAUCAUUCUGGUUGGGCUGACUUCAGAUUGACCUAGUGACAACCGUAUCUUUUAUUGAUUCAGGAAUGCACUCCUUUGCCCUGAUUCAGAGAGAACUGCACAAUGUUGCGUUCACAUGCUGGUGAAAAUUGUUCCUUCCCAAUGCAUUGCUUUCCAGAAAAGCCACUCAAGAUUUGUGGUAAUACAGGUAUGUAUAGCCAUGCAGCACUUCCUAAUAAAGUACACUGGCAAGCCAGCUUUACAUUCCAGGGCUUGGAGCCCCACAACAUGUCCCUGAGGAUAAUCUGGACCUUCAGGCUGUGUCUGAAUUGGAGCAACUAUUGCUGAAUGUGACUGGAUGCCGGUCUGUUUCUGUGACAGCUGCCAAUUCGGGCUGCUUCAACUUCCAGGGGAUCUAUGUAGUUAUGCUUGGCCUACCCCUGUUGGGAAAGGAGGCUGAAGGGAAAGCAAGUUAGUGUGCUUGGAGCUCUUAGGAUUCUGAGACCUGCACAGAUUUUGCUAUGGUCCUUGAGCUGCAUGUGCUGACCAAUGCUUCCAUUUGUUUCCUCUUCUAGUUUUUAUUUGCUAGUUCAGAUUUCACAAAGUGAGCUCUUUAAAUGUCUGAAGAAGCCCUGAAACUGCUUAGGCAUUUGUGCUUGUCUCAGUCCACUACUACAAAGGUAAUUCUCUUGCCCCAACUUAGACAACAGUACAGCUGCAAAGGGGAUACUUGGCAGAUCCUGUUAACUACUUUUAAGGCUCUCUUCUCCCCCCCCCCACCGCCGCUUAAGGUGCUAAAUUAAAAACAAACCCUUCCCUUAUUAUUUAAUCUAUAUAUUAAUUCGGUGGUCUCUUUUGUAUCUAUACCUUCCACGCAUCCUCCCAAAAUAGCAAAUAAACAUGUAUCUAUACUUUUAUAUGCAGAUGAUAUGGCAAUCAUGUCCCAAACCCCAAUUGGUCUGAGACGUGCUUUGGGUCUCCUCUCAAAAUUUUGCUCCCAAGAGUCCAUUGAGAUUAACUAUGGAAAAACCAAAGUUCUAGUCUUUGCCAAACGACCUAGGCAAUAUUGUUGGUCCAUCAAUGGCCACAGGAUUGCACAGGUCAACCUCUUCAAAUAUCUAGGAGUGGUUUUUCAGUCAUCAGGUUCACGCAAUGCCCACCUCAAAUCCACAUUGCUGACGGCACAGUCAACCACGAACCUUAUUACCUCUUUUCAUUUCUCGAGGGGGGCUUCUUACAUCCCCGCUGCAGUUAAACUGUUUGUAUCUAAAGUCCACUCCCAAGUGCUGUACGGAGCCCAAAUAGGACCUGUCAGCAACUUUAUGGCUUUAGAAACCCUGCAGUCUAAAUUUCUGAGAUCUAUAUUGUUAGUCCCCCGAUGCGUGCCCAAUGCUGCGCUUAGACGAGAGGUGGGUAUGAUUAGAUUGGAAACUUGCUAUUGGAGGACUAUCAUAUUAUUUUGGUUAAAAUUUGUCUUCUCUUGCGUAGGACUGGCCCCCCUUAUUAAGACUGAUUGUUUCCGAUUUAAGUGGCAGACCCAAAUUGCUGACAAAUUGGCUCAUUAUGGUUUCUCUCAGGAUGAGAUUAUAAAAUUGGGAUACGAUCGUGCCAGGAUUGAGAUUAAACAACGUAUCAUGGACAUGGAACUGCAGGAAGAAGUCGCUUCUCUGCCUAAGAAUAUCUUUCUAGGGGAUCAAAUCUUCAACACUAAACCAGCUAGCUAUCUAAGUCUAGUUACCAUCCCCAAAUUUAGACGUGCUCUGACGCUCGCCCGUCUUAAUGCGCUUCCAUCUGCUGUCAUGGAGGGAGGAUUUAAAGGUACCCCUUUUUCUGCUCGACUUUGCCCUUGCGGGUCUGGUCAAGUGGAGACAAUUGCGCAUGCCAUACUUUAUUGUAACUUUUAUAGGGACACCCGCUUAAGAUUAGUGUCCCCUUUGUUGCAACAUUUUCCCGGGCACUUGGAUGACUUCUAUUUGAAGUACUUAUUGUCCAGUUCUGAUGACAACCUAAUCAUCAGAAUGGCAAGGUAUUGUCAUAUCAUUUGCACCAUCCGCUCAGGUUUUUAAUAAUGUUCUGUUCUUUUCUUUUCUUCCCCUGUGAUUCUUGUUUCAUGAUUGCAAUGGAGGGUGCCCUGUUUAAUAAGGUUUUCAGUCAGACCUAUUUGGAGUUCACCAUAACUGUUCUAAUUUUAACUUGGUACUAUUGUGUUAUAAUCCGUUUUAUUAUGCUGAGUCUCUUUUCUUAUAUGUAAGCAUGUAAGUAUGUAUGUUUUAGCUAUGCACUGGUCCAUGACCGUAAUAAAGGACUGACU